AUGGAGGUCCCGCCAUACAGGAUCCCCAUACAAUGGCAGCCGCUCAGUGGGGUCACCAGCAUGAUUUCGACGGGGGGCUCCGAGGCGAGAUCGAAGGAAGAAGAGGAGAAGAACAAGGGCGAUGAAAGCAUCGCCGAGAGGGACAGGAGGGCGAAGUUAGAGAGAAGAUCGAAGUUCAACAGACUUCUGCUGGGGGUCUUAGGAUUGUGUGUGGGGCUGGCUGCCGUCGGGUUUGGAGGAUGGAAUGAGUAUGCAGCGCAGGGGUGCUUGGAAGUUGCUGACCUGAACUUGCGCAGAUUUCGAGAUCUGAUUUCGCUGAGGAAGAAGAACAUAAUCAAGGACAACGUCAACGAGAUUCGAUGCGUCCCUGACGCUACCUACGAAGGGAAACUGGUGCACGGAAUCUGUCCCAUGUAA